GAUUUUUCCGUAUUUUGUCAAAAUUUGAACUUUAAAUGCUUAUAAAUAAAAACUGUGACUAAAGAUUUUGAAUAUUUUUCAAAUGUCAUUGUAACAAUAUAGUAGGAGCCUUGUAUUAAAUUUUCAAGCUUUAUUCCCCAACAAAUAAAAUUUUAUUGAUAUUUAUAGAAAAAAAAACUAAAAAAAAUGGAAACUGAAAAUGUCCGUAAACAGCUCAAUAUAAAUCAAAAUAUUUGGAAAAUGUUGUGGUGUAUAGAAAAUUAUAAUAUAAACAUUCAGUCAAAAUUUCAUGUACCUACGGCUAUUUGUUUUAGAGUUACAUCAAAAACCAAAAUCGAAUUUCUCAAACACAGAUUUUGAGUGAAUAUUCCCGUUUUUCCUUAAUUUUUCUUUUGUUUUUCAUGUCGCUUUUGAAAAUUACUGGGAAAUUUUGACCCCCCAUAGUACCAACUAGAUUCACUUUCCUAUCAGAAAAGUUACUGUUGAAGAAAAUCCAAUAACUUUGUUAAAUGAAAAGAAAGCUAGGUUUAACUAAGAUUACUCUAUCCCAAUUAAGUGACACUCGGUGGGUAUGCAGAUUUAAGAGUUGUGAUGCUCUUAUUAACAACUAUGAUGCUAUUGUCAAUGUGUUAACUAAUGAAAUUGAUGAACAGGAGAGUAAAGAUGUCGCUCAAGCAAUUGGCAUUUUAGCAACUAUAAAAAUCAUAAAUUUAUUAUAUAUUUGUUUAUACUUCAUGAUGUUCUGAAAAUAAUAAAUAUAUUGAGUAUACGAUUACAAUCAAAACUGGCAACAUUAGGAAGUUCGGCAUGCUUAAUAAAUGGAGUUAAAGAAACUCUGAAAAAUCGUACUCCAGAAUACUUUGCAGAAUUAUGGGAAAAAAUUGUUUAUUUUGCAGAGACUAAUGAUAUUUCUAUCAAUAUUCCCAUAGGUUCGAAAAGACGUAGAACAGAAACAAAAACCCUCAAGGACUACCAUGUUACUGUCACAACUGCGGCUGAGAACUCGAUGCACGAAGGUGAAUCGUCAAAGAAAAAAUAUUGGGAAGAGCAUGCUAACUAUCCAAUAUUAGAUGCAAUUAUAGUUAGUUUGAGUACUCGAUUUUUACAGGAGAGUUUAAACAUUGCAACAGCAGUUGAUGAACUAUUUAAAUUAAAUUUUCAACAAUCAUCUUUUCUUAUUGAUUAUUAUAAAAAUACUUUUGAUAUCAAUUUUUCAAACUUGAAAUGUGAAAUGAAUGUAAUGAAAAACAUGAUGAACGAAGUUAAUUUUGAAAAUAUCAAAAAACAUCUAAAUGAAGAAGUAUUUCCUAAUUUAUUUAAAAUAAUGCAAGUGGCAAUAAAAUUACCAGUGAGCUCGGCCACUUGUGAAAGGUCCUUUUCAACUAUGAGAAGGAUCAACACAUAUGUCCGAGCUAACAUGACUCAGGGCCGAUUUAGUAACUUAGCAAAAUUGAAUAUCGAAAAAGAUAUUAAAGUAGAUACUGAAACAAUAUUAAACACGUUUGCUAAAUCUAACCGAAGAAUACAGCUCUAA